UAGCAAAUAAUUUCUUCUGUGAUCACACAAGUUACAACACCUUUGAGAACUCUGCCUCUGUGAUUCCUGGGAUCUGAGACUAUGGAACACCCAGGACGGCCAUUUUCAGUGGUGCUUCCCCAGAAAACUGCUGGACUUGGUGAACAAGGAGCACUGAAGGAAACAUUUUUUUGGAAUGUGGAGAGUGUCUUGAUCACAUGCUUUGAGUGCUCCUGGGAUUCUGCAGAGUUGUAGAACACAGCAUCCCGUAAGCUCUGCUGCAAUAAGAACUGUGGUAGGGGUGCUCUUCUUCAUUCACCAGCUCUACACAUGUCCUGUCCUGCUAAGACCUAUCUUGCUCUUUGUGUCUGCAGCCUUCCAGCACUUGGAAAUUUUAAAGUCUGGGAAGACGAGUUUGUAAGGAUUGCACUCCUCUCUGGUGCAUGUUCCCAUGACAGGCCAAGGAGUGUAUAUGGACUCCUAAGAGUAAAUCAUAUGGAAGGAACCUUGAGAGGUCUCUACUUCAAGCUGCUGCUCUCAGCAGGAUGGAGAAUGGCUGUCUUCCAGCUCCUAGAGCAAGGAAUCCAAACUGCAGAAGUCCUACUGAGAUGGGAAAAAUCAUCAUUUAUGAGCAUGUCAACUUCCAGGGAUUGUCCAGAGAAUUCUCCACUGACACUCCCAACCUGUCAGCCGUGGGUUGGAAUGAUAUUGUCUCCUCAGUGAAAGUAAUUGGCCAGCCUUGGGUGGCUUAUGAGCAUGUCCAGUAUAAGGGUCAGUUUCUGGUGUUUGAGGAGGGAGAAUAUGAGUAUGUUGGUAAAGAGAUGAAUGACAAGAUCAGCUCUCUGCAGCUGAUCACAGAAGACCUGCACAACCCCCAGAUCACUCUCUAUGAACACGUUAAUUAUCAAGGGAGAAGCAGAAUAGUAAGAGAAGCGACUGAUCUGGCUGGGGGAGAAGAUAACGACAUCGUGUCUUCUCACAAAGUGCAGAGAGGUGUCUGGCUGCUGUGUGAAAACAGCAAUGGAAGUGGGAUUCAAUACCUGGCCCGAGAACAUGUAGAUGUCCCCAAUUACAAGGAAAUUGGCUUCAAUGACAUGCUUUCCUUCCUGCGUCCUCUUCGCCCUGGCCGUGGCUCUGAGACUGCAGAUCCUGUGACCCUGAGGGAAGAUGCACAAUCUGCAAGGAAUCUGAGAGCUUGAUCCCUGCCUGUGCUUGUGUCCCUUCCUUUGUGAUUUGCUUUACCAAGGCCUUGUGAUUUCUGCCAUUGUCCAUAACCUCUUCUGGGUUGGUGCAAU